AUGGACGAGGGGAACACCAACAUCACCAAGAUGCUGGAGUCGCUGCUCGCCAAGAUCGACGAUCAGAAGGCGACUCACGAGAAGCGGAUCGAGCUCCAGGCCGCCUUCAACGCGCAGAUCUCGCAAGAGAUGCGCGGCCUAGCGCGGCAGCUCGAUCUGACGCAGGCGGACCUCGACCUCACGCGCAAGACGACGGAAGGAUCCUCUCCAUCAGGCUCGGUCACCACGCACAUCCACCAGCCCGCGCAACCGCAGCAACCCCCACCGCCUCCGGAUCCGUACCGGCCGUCGUCGUCGCACGCGCGCCUGGGCGAUCACCGCCCUCCCCUCCUUCCGGUGCCGCCACAGGGAGGGUUCGUCGCCGCUCCGACCGCGUCUCCGCCGGGCUACCACUCCAACGAGUACCACAAGCCCCCGAAACAUGGUUUCCCCAAGUUCGACGGAACGGCGCCGUACUUAUGGCUGGACCGCUGCCUCGCCUACUUCGAGCUCUACAAGUUGGCUGCACACCAGUGGGUCGCCACCGCCGCGCUCUACAUCGACGGCCAGGCAGCACACUGGCUCCAAGCGUUCCGCCAAUCGCAUCACAACAUCACAUGGGACGUGUUUACAUCGGCGAUCCUGGAGGAGUUUGGCGCCGACGAGUUCGAGAUGGUGAUGCACAAGCUCCUGCAACUCCGGCAGACAGGCACCGUCGCCGAGUACCGUGCUGCCUUCGACGAGCAGAUGUACCACUUGCUCGCACUCGAUCCGUCCAUCAACACCAAGUUCUUCGUCACGCAAUUCCUCCUCGGCCUGAAGGACGAACUGCGUGCCCCGGUGCGGCUCCAGGCGCCGUCAAGCAUCACGCGCGCCUCGGUGCUCGCGCGCAUACAGGAGGAAGAACUGGGCACGUACCGUGCACGCCCCCGCAUCACACCCGCUGGCCGACCACCACCGACAGCUGCCGCGGCCGCGCCACAGCUGCGCGACUUCCGCCGAGCGAACAACCUCUGUUUCAAGUGUGGGGAUCGGUACUCCAGAGAGCAUCGCUGCGCCCAGCCCGCGCAGUUGCUCACCAUCAACGUGGGCGACCACGGAGAGGUGCUAUCCGACGACACCAUCCACGCCUUGCAACUGCUCGACGAUCCGGGGCCAGCGGCGCAAUCUCCUGCUCCGGCCGCGGACGCGCCAGAGUGCUGCCUCCUCUCGUCCCAGGCGCUCGACGGCACAGACUCCACAACGACGAUCCGGUUGCGCGCCCUCGUCGGGAACCAGGUCAUGCUCCUGUUGCUCGACUCAAGCAGCACCCACAGUUUCGUCAACAAGGCCUUCGUCGAUCGCCUCGGCCUCGCCACGGAAGAAAUGCCGCCAACGGAGGUGCGGGUGGCCAAUGGCGACAAGCUCACGUGCACGCGCAGGGUGCCCGGCCUCAAGUGGUGGAUGCAGGGUCACACCUUCAACACGCCCAUGCACGAACUGGAGAUCGGCGCGUACGAUGGCAUUCUGGGCAUGGACUGGCUCGCCCAGAACAGUCCGAUGACAUGCCACUGGCAAGACAAGUGGGUGAAAUUCCAGCACGACGGCGCAGAAGUUACCCUGCGCGGCGUGUCCACCAAGCCGGCCACCUCCAUCAAGGCCGUAGGACCCGAAGAGCUGCGCAAGAUGGUGGCCGGAAACGACGUUUGGGCCAUGGCCAUGGUGGACACAUGCAACGGCGCGCCGCGACCGGCUCGCAAGUGUGCAAGCCAAACCCCGCUCGCCGACCUACUCGAGGAGUUCGCCGACGUGUUCGCGGCACCGAAAGGGCUCCCUCCGCACCGACAGUACGACCACGUCGUCACGCUGGUGGAGGGCGCGGUCCCCGCGAACACGCGCCCGUAUCGCUACUCGCCUCUGCAGAAGGACGAAAUCGAGCGUCAGGUUAAGGAGAUGCUGGAUUCGGGCGUGAUCACGCACAGCGUCAGUCCAUAUGCCGCGCCGGUGCUGCUCGUGAAGAAGGACGGCACUUGGCGGUUCUGCGUCGACUAUCGCCGGCUCAACGACGCCACCAUCAAGAACAAGUUUCCCCUUCCUAUCAUUGACGAACUCCUGGAUGAAUUGGCCGGCGCAGCAGUGUUCUCCAAGCUGGACUUGCGCGCUGGUUACCACCAAAUCAGAAUGCGGGAAGAGGACGAGCUCAAGACGGCAUUCAAGACGCACCAUGGACACUUUCAGUUCAGAGUCAUGCCGUUCGGCCUGACGAACGCGCCUGCCACAUUUCAGUGCCUGAUGAACUCCAUGUUUGGUAAGUAUGUCCGCAAGUUCGUCAUCAUCUUCCUUGACGAUAUCCUUCUCUUCAGUGAAACCAUGGAGGAGCACCUGGAACACCUGCGCAUUGUCUUCGAGCUGCUCCGGGCACACCAGCUUUUCGUCAAGGAAUCCAAGUGCACUUUAGCUGCGGAUCACAUCGACUACCUGGGUCAUGUGAUCUCCAAGGAGGGCAUGGCCACAGAUAAGGAGAAGACGUAGGCCAUGGAUCAGUGGCCGACACCGACGAACGCCACGGAGCUGUGCGGCUUCCUCGGCCUCACGGGCUACUACAGGAAGUUCGUCCCACACUAUGGCAUCAUCGCGAAGCCACUCACACAGCUGCUGACGAAGAAGGGCUUCUUCUGGACGGCGCAAGCACAAGCAGCGUUCGAGACGCUCAAGCAAUCGAUGGUCACCACGCCAGUCCUUGCCCUACCAGAAUUUGCGCGGCCGUUCACGAUCGGGACAGACGCCUGCGACACGGGCGUGGGCGCGGUG